GUCGACAAAGAGUGAUACUUAUCGAGCGAUGGCCCAGUCGUGCUCAUCGCCUGAGAUCCAGCGUCGCUGUAAUGGUAGCCUUGCGGAGUCAAAUUCUGUGGCUGCAAUGACUUCCAGGGAUCAAGGAUAUCAAAUCGAAUCUGCAGAGCCACGGCUGGGAAUUUCAGUAGCUGAGGUGAUGCAGCGCCUCGUCACAGACGAAGUGCUGCACGCAGUCGAUGCACGACAUAUUCAUCGUCUCCUCGCAAGUAAUGACAAAACCGCGCGAGAUGUGGUGAUGCAACUCGAGCAAGCUGGUACGGUUACUUGUAGAGCCCAAUAUUAA